AUGUCGAAUAAAAUAAAAUUUAUCAUCAAUACAUCCGUGGAAUAUUUUGGUGUUAAUUCUCAAACUGGCAUCGCUCUGGAUGAACAGACCGCAGCAAUAUUAGAAUUUUUGGAAAAUGAUGAAAUAACUGUAAUCUCAGCUGUACAUAAUAAACAAGAAGAUAAAAUUAAAUUUCAUCAUCGCAUACUCAAUGAUGAAGUUUGUUUGCUCUUCUAUAAAAUACCACAAGUUGGUAAAAGUACAUACAGUAUUGAUAACCAACCACUUGGCAUUUUGACGCUUGAAGGAGGUUUGGUUAAAUCCAUUUAUAAUUCUGUUUCACGUGUAUUUUCACCACAUGCAAAUACUCGGAAAACCGAAUAUAGUCCGGAGUUAAGUGGUUUACUUGAAAAUUUACAUGUUUCACUUGGUUCAACAUUGGGUUUACCUCAAAGUGGUAUAACAUCUAUAAAGGACGAGAUAAACUAUUGGAAACAGAAGCUUAAUAACAAAUCUAGUGCUCGUUUGGAUAGGGAGGCCGCCCAAGUAUUCAUAAGCAUAUUGGAAAAUAUAGAACAACGUUUAAGUUCAAUUAAUAGCAGUUCUGCGAAUAACAUAGAAGACUUCCUCGAUAGCUCCCACAAUAAUUUCGAUGAACUCUGGCGCUUGUCCUACCAAUAUCCCCAAAAUCGUAUGGCAGACCUGAUGGAUAUCAUUGGCAAUCAAGUAAUUGAAGCUUGCUUGGAGCAAUUGAUAACCGAAGAUAUUUGGAGUUUAAAUAACUCUCUGGUAAACAGUCUAAUGGGCCAGUGUAUUGACACUGCAGAAUCUUGGAUACAAUUGUGUGAUUCUUUGACUCGACUAUUUUGGCCCAAUUAUGUCAAACAUCCCUGGAUGGGAGAGGCCCACACACCUAAACGCGCCCAUAUGUUUAAGGAACGUAUGUCGGAAAUACGCAAUAUUAAGAAUUUGUACAAACAAAUUGCUACUCUCUUAAAUGAUGACGAAAUGCGUGAAAUGAUUACAAAUCAGUCACCAUUUAGAAAUCUAAAUAUUUUCGAUACAACUGCUAUGGGGCAGACAAAAUGGAACAAGGCCUUAAACAAUUUUGAACAAUUACUACAGCCUAUAGAUGAGCGUAUAGCUGCAGCUUUAAAGGCUCAAUUACAUCAUCAUUUGAGUAAUCCGCGUCAAGUGAUUUUUAUUUUUUCAAAAUAUGAAACAUUGAUACAACGUCCCACGGUAUUGGAGUUGUUAACAAUUGAGCGGGAGCAAUUUAUGCAAUCGCUGCAGAUACUUUUGCAGGACUUGCGUAAAGCCAUGACUGACACUAAUAUGGAACCUGAUACUGGACAUUUAUCGGUUAUAUGCAAUGAGUGUAGAUGGUUAAAGGUGGUGGAGUAUCAGAUCCAAGAAAUAGAAAAAGUGAGUCAUCUGAUCUCUGGAAGAGAAGGUUUCGAUAAAAUCAAUAAAGCUGUACAGGAAAUCAAAGAGGAAACGGAAUCAUUGUUGAGAACAAAUUUUGAAAUUUGGUGUGGUCAGCAUGCUACAGCAGUCAAGUCUGGAGACCUAAGACUUCGUGAUGAUCAACCUGUAGUGAAAUUCGAAAAAGAGGGUCGUCAACUAAUGCGCGUUACAUUCAAUCCAAAAUUGGUGACAUUUUGUCAAGAUGUUAGAGAAUUUGAAAAUAUGGGCUACAAUGUACCCUCCGAAUUGCGUUCGGCCGCAACACAUGCUGCUAAAUACAUGUGUUACGCACGCAGAUUGCAACAAAUUGCUACUUUUCACAACACCAUAGGCGAUCGCAUGAUACCCUGUCAGAGACCUAUAAUGUUGAAAAAUGCCAUGGAACUGUCGAAACUAGUGCACAGUGAAACAGUGGCUUGGAAUGAUGAAGAUUCAGUGGAACGUUACGUUAAUACCUUACAAGCAGCUGUGAGCAAACUUUCAGCCGAUAAUACUCUCUUGGUGGGCUAUCAUGAACAGGCUAAAAGAACUGUUAUAAAACUUAUGAACACCGAUCUCUUCACCCAAAGUCAAUCGUGGAAAGAUGAAAUGCGCCAUUUAAGAGAACUGGUCGCCAAUUUAGAGCGCCAAGGUUUUACUAAUCUAGAUGCUUUUAAACUGCACUGGGAUCAUCAGUUGUAUAAAGUGCUUGAGUAUCAGUAUAUUAUCGGUUUAGUGGAUAUGAAUAAUAAAUUGCCCGAUAUUCAUAUCAAAAUAACAUUUCGUCAACGCCAGCUAAUUUUCAUACCUUCUGAAGAAGAAAUUCGUGAUAAAUAUUUUUCUCAACUGAGACGUUUUAUAGAGCGUCCUUGUGGCUUUCGUGGUUUAUCCGACAAAAGUUCGGAUCUUUUUAAAACCAUGGUUGAAAUAAACCGUCAUUAUUUAGGUCCUUUGUAUGAACAAGCUGAAGAAUUAUUUUCGAAACUAGAUAAAUUCAAAAAGCUUUGGCUACCUUGGGUUUCUUUAGGCUGCGUUGAUGUGGAGGAACUUUGCGGCAUACAUUUGCAAACGUCCGACGAUUGGGAUCGUAAUUUCCGAAAGUGCAAACAUUUUAGCCAGAAAAUUGCCAAGAUACAAAACAACGAAGAAUCUAUUGAUUGUAUUGUUAUCGACAUAUUACCUUUACGCUCAGACAUUGAAAACAUCAGUCGUCGUUACUGGGAGGCUUUAUCUAACAGCCUUAGAGCAGCCAUACUCAACGAUAUCACAAUCAUACAAGAGUUUCUACAAAAUGCUUUACAAUUCUUGCAAAACGUACCCAUGGAUGAAUCCUCUAUAACUGAGUCUGGCAUGAAAUAUGAAAAAAUUAUGACCGAAUUGCCUAAAGUGACGGAAACACUGAAUUUGGUAAAAGCUAAGGACAACUGUCUGGCCGGAUGGUGUAAGGAGCGUGUUACAUCUUUGGCAUCCAUACUCAUACAAUGGGAAAAACUACAACCUUUGUUGGAAAAUCAUGCUGUGAUAUUGCAACGUCAAGUGGACAUGAUAAAAGAUCAGGCUCAAACUCAAAUACAAAAUCUACACAAUGAAGCGGAGAAAUUCAUUAUACGUUGGGAAUCCACCAUAGCCGAGUUGGAGGCUAAUGAAACGGCCACAUUGGAUAUGUUCAAAGAACGCCAAGAUCACUGGCAGGAAAUUUUAAGCAAGAAGCAACAACUUUUAGAGGAAUGUGCUAAAUUUAAUAUGAUAUUUCCCGAUGAUUUGCUACAGCCAUUUGAAGAAAUUGACGGGAAAAUGAAAGAGCAAUCUAAGGAAUGGCUUAUAUAUGAUGAAUAUUUAAAGGAGCUUGAAGCCAUAGUAGUAGAAGAAUGGUCCAUAUAUCGUAGACGUCCCUAUAUGCUAAAUGAGCUCAUAACAAAAUGGGAAGGUUCUAUUCACUCUUCUAUAGAUUUACCCUCGAAAAGAAUAAGACAAAGUGUAGAGAAGCUGCAAACAAAUUUACCCAUUUUACAACAAUUACAAUCGGACUCUUUAACUGAACGUCAUUGGGCUAGAAUUUUUAUGCUACUUAAAAAGGAGGAUAUGAAAAAUUUACACAAUUUUUCGUUAAAAGAUAUUUUGGAAGAUCAGUUCUUGUUGCAACAGCAUGCUGGGGAAAUAGCUCAAAUUGUGAGACAGGCCUCUUCGGAGCAGGUGGUACGACAAGCUUUAACUGAGCUAGAUCAAUGGUCGGUUACGGCCAAGUUAAAGCUGAUAACACAGAAUGAUUCGUCAGGAAAUUCUAUUACUUUGAUUAAGGACUAUCAGGAAGUUUUAAAUAAAAUUGGUGAUAAUCAAUCACUAUUACAGUCUGCUAAGAAUUCAGCCGCCUUUGAAGCUUUCUCCGAUCAGGCUGGACUAUGGGAAAGUAGAUUGAACUCUUUGGAUGUAAUUUUAACCAGUUUAAAUCAAUCCCAAAGAAGAUGGGUGUAUUUGGAGCCAGUUUUUGAGGCUGGCACUCUCAAGAAUGAGGAGGCCUUAUUUAAACGUAUUGACAAGGACUUUCGUUAUAUCAUGAGGGAAAUAGAAAUGGAUCCUAGAGUAAUAUCUUUGGUGAAAAUUAAUAAUAUUACAACUUUAGUGAAAUCAUUAGAAACUCAAUUGACUAGAUGCCAGAAUAAUUUAAUGUCCUACAUAAUGGACAAACGCAACUCCUUUCCCCGUUUCUAUUUUCUGGGCGAUGAUGAUCUCUUGGAAAUUCUCGGACAAGCCUCCAAAGAUCCCGAAGUCAUACAAAAACAUAUUAAAAAGCUAUUUCCCGGUUGUCAUGCUCUAGGUAUUAAACAAGGGACCAGUGGAGAUCGUCCCAUAUAUACCAUACAAUCGGUUAAGAGUUCCGAAGGCGAUGUUCUCAAUUUAAAAGCAGCCAUUGAAAUGACUGGACCCAUAGAAUCUUGGCUAAAUGCAUUGGUCACCAACAUCCAACAAACACUCAAAGAACAAAUUGUCCAAUGUUGUAACUCCUAUCCGACAGAUGGUUACAAUGAAAAUAUUUUACAAAAUUAUGCCAUACAGGUGUUAUCGACAACACGAGCCAUCCAAUUUACCAAACAGGCAGAAAAAGCCAUACAAACGAUGACCCUGCAGAAACUCCAGCAACAACUCAAUACAGAAAUAACCAAAUAUUCAACAUGGAAACAUCAAACCCAUGACAUGUUGCUACAAAUGAAAUUGCGUUCUUUGCUCUUUGAACUGGUACACUAUGUAACCGUUGUGGAGGAGCUAAUACAAAACAAUACAAUGCAUCUAAAUGAUUGGCAUUGGUUGGCGCAACUAAAGUUUUAUUUAGGCAACAGUAGCGGAGGAGUAGGUGGUGGUGGUGGUGGUGUUGGCAAAGAUGCACGUACGGUUAUCGUACGUAUGGUCUAUGCAGAAUUUGAAUAUUCGUAUGAGUUUUUGGGUAAUCCUAAUAAGCUGGUCAGUACACGUUUAACACACAAAUGUUAUCUUAUAUUAACACAAGCCAUGCACAUGGGCUUGGGUGGUAAUCCUUUUGGCCCAGCUGGUACUGGAAAAACAGAAUGUGUUAAGGCAUUGGGCGCCAUGUUGGGCCGUCUCGUAUUGGUAUUUAAUUGUGACGAGAACGUUGAUACUGAAUCGAUGGGUUUGAUUUUGACUGGUCUGGCUCGUUGUGGAGCUUGGGGUUGUUUUGAUGAAUUCAAUCGUUUACAAGAAGCAACACUUUCGGCCAUAUCAAUGCUCAUACAGCCCAUACAAUGUGCUCUAAAGGAUAAAUCGGAUACCGUGCAAAUUGCUGAAAAGAAUAUUAAACUCAAUCAUCAUUGUGGCAUAUUUGUAACGCUUAAUCCGGCUGGCGCUGACUAUGGUGGCAGACAGAAAUUACCUGGCAACAUACAAGCAUUAUUUCGUCCAAUUGUUAUGCAACAGCCGGAACCACGAGAAAUUGCACGUGUCAUGUUGUUUGUGGAAGGAUUUAAGCAGGCAACCGAAAUAGCCGAACGUGUUGUCGAACUGUUCGAUAUGUGUGGCAAAAUAUUAACACACCAGCGUCACUAUGAUUGGGGAUUAAGAGAAUUGAAAACCAUUUUACUUGCUUGCGGUGAAGGUUUACGGGAAAAUCUAAAGAAUGAUGACAAUUAUAAUAAUGGUGAAAUGUCCGUGGUGGUGCAGUGUCUACGUGCGUCCACUAUGUCCAAGUUGACACUGCAUGAUGUGGCACGUUUUGAUAUGUUGCUGCUAAAUGUAUUUCCAGAAAUUAAAAUCAAUGACAAAUUUAAAUCAACUUUACAGCAGUCGAUUACGGAGGCAUUUAGUUUAUUGGGUCUUUGUGCUAAUGAAAUGCAAAUGAUUAAAUGUCUGCAACUAUAUGAACAAUUGCAAAAGCGCAUGGGUGUCGUUGUAAUGGGACCACCCGGUUGCGGUAAAUCUACCAUAAUAUCUGUAUUGCGUCAAGCUUUAAUGCAACAACAAAUACGUAUUCACACUAUUAGUCCUAAAUCCAUGAGUCGUAUUCAACUGUUAGGUCGUCUUGAUCCUGACACACGUCAAUGGCUUGAUGGCGUUUUAACACACACAGCAGCCGCUGUAAAUGCAGAACCACCACACAUUCACUCAUGGAUUGUUUGUGACGGCAGUAUUGAUCCCGAAUGGAUUGAGGCACUCAAUUCAGUGUUGGAUGAUAAUAAAUUACUAACAUUACCAUCUGGUUGGCGCAUACAAUUCGGUAAUAAUGUGAAUUUUAUUUUUGAAACUGAUGAUGUACGUAAUGCCUCACCAGCUACAAUAUCACGUAUGGGCAUAGUAAAUAUGAACAACGAAGACUAUCCAUUAAAAAGUAUACUCGAAUAUAAAUUGAGUAAAUUUGAAUUUGGCGAUUUACUACAAAGUUAUAUAGAGGAAAUCUAUGAACCAAUUAUGGCCUGGUUGGAAAAGGAAUAUUUACAUACGAUUCCUAGUUUGACACGUUCCCGCAUGUUACGUGCUUUACUAUUAAAAAUCCACUCAGGACAUGAUAAUAAUUUCAAUAUACAAAAUCGUGAAGAAUUUACGUUGGCUGCCUGUCAUGCCGCAUUCGAAUUUUUGCCAGUCGAACGUCAUAAUGAAUUUGCAAAUUGGUUGUAUGAAAAGGCCGACCUGUAUGUGGCCAAUCCAAAUCACUCAGAGUUAAUGUAUUUUAACAGGAGUAGAAACAUGGUGGAUGUUUAUGAAACGGAUAUUAGUAGUGGUGGUGGCAGUUUCGGGGGAGAAUUAAUUGAAACGGCUUCUAUUAAAAUGUAUUUACAGCAAUUGAAAGGUUUUCUAGAGGCUCCCUGCAGCACGCCAUUUUUAAUUGUGGGACCUGCUGGUGCAGCCAAAACGUUGCUCAUAGAACAAGCUGUUCAGGAUAUGUCGGGUUAUGAAUUGAUUACGAUUAAUUGUUCGACACAAUUGACACCGGCUUAUAUAAUACAUUGUUUGAGACAGAAUUGUAUGACUGUAAGUGGAGUGCGUGGACGGGAAUAUAAAGCGAAACAGACACGUUUGGUAAUGUAUUUGAAAAAUUUGGAUCUGUGCUAUUUGGAUGCUUGGGGUUGCAGUGAAAUUGUUGAAUUAUUAUUGCAACUUGUGCAACGACAAGGCUUUUAUAACGAUAACAGCUCAAAUUCUGGCCUAAAUGCGGUUAAGAAUACGGGUACGAGUGGUGGCAAUGCAGGCAAUAACAACAAAAAUAAAAGCAAUAAUACCAGCAGCAAGUUGGAAUGGAUAAAUGUAAGUGGUUUACAAAUAUGUGGUUCCAUUUCACAGUCUACGACGCAAACGACAACAGCUGCGACAGCUAAUGCAAGUUUGGUGAAAAUUGCACCGCGUUAUUUGGCCAUAAAUCACUUGCUGCACAUUGGUUAUCCCACCCAACAAGAUAUGCUAGCUGUUACACAACGUCAUCUAGAACAUUUAGUUGUAGGCAACCCAUACCACCAUCUUCAAGGUGGUGGCAGCAGCAACAAUGACGCUGCUCGUUUUAAGGGUAUGAGUUUACAAAAUGUACAAUCUAUAUCCGAAGGUUUAAUGGAAUUCUAUGCAAAGUUUCAAGCUGCCUUUACUAUGGCUCGAAAACGUGGUGGCAGUGCUAGUGGCAAUAGCACAGAUGCUACUACAACUGCUGCUGUUUGCAAUGCUCACUAUCAAUUUUCACCGAAAUUUAUAAUGAAAACAUUGGCAAAUCUCAAAUAUUAUCCAGAAACUGCAUUCAAUGAGGCUUUGUAUUGUGAAUUGGUAUCCAUGUUUAAGGAUCGUUUAGCUUGCGAGGAUGAUGCUGAGAAAUUUGAAACAAUAUUAAGACAUUCAUUGCGUAAAAUUGGUAGUAAAGAUAAAAUUUAUUUUGUACCAAAAACUACAAAACACAAUGCUGAAUUGCAAACCUUACAACAUGAUGAAUGGCUGGAGGAAGUUCAAAAACAAAUUACUAUUUGCAACUCGGAAAGUUUUAUCAUCGAUGCACCGGUAACAAAAGAAUUACUGGAACAAACAGCGAAAGUUGCACGUUUGUUGGCACGCAAUAACACACACAUACUAAUGGUGGGAGCGGCUGGAGAAAGACAAAUGGAUUGUGUUUAUGCAGCAGCCACAAUGCAACAGGCUAAAAUCCAAUUGCUGCAGGGUGGUUGUAAUUAUGCUCUAAUAGAUUUUUACAAUGAUUUGAAAUUGGCCAUGCAAGUAGCUGCCUUAGAAAAUCAAUGCACCUGUUUGAUAAUAGAACAUUGUUGGCUCUCCUAUGUGCCGGACAUAAUGAAACCCAUUGAAGCGAUUUUGGAGGAAAGUGAAAUAUUGGAUUUAUUUGGCGAUGAUUUAGAGUCUAUUGCCAGUUCACUAAAGCAUGCAGCACAAUUGGAGGGCUAUCAGGAUACAAUAGGAUCAUAUUUUAUGAAAAGAGCCCAGGAAAAUCUUCAUUUGAUUAUUUGUUUGGAUCCUAUGAAUUGUAAAAUUGAGGAAUAUUUUGCUAAAUAUCCAGCUUUAUAUAGAAACAUGGAUAUACUGUAUCUUAGAGGCACUUCCGUAGAGACUUUUCAUAUGUUGCCUAAGAAGUAUGUGGAAGUUUUAAGUGAAUUUCCUGGAAAUGUGGCUUUGAAGGAGAAAGUUCCUGUUUCUAGUUAUUUUUCGGAGAUAUUGGAUAAUUUACUGCAACAGCAGGCAUCUUUAAGGUUCUAUCAAUUGAUUAAAUCGUAUUAUUAUAUCUACUGUAAUUUGUCAAAGGAUAUUAAUAAAAGAUUGGAGAAGUUGCAGCACGGUGUCGACAAACUUGCCUCUGCUCAUGCUGUCGUUGAUACUCUGAAAUCAAAUGCCUCCAAACAGGAAGUGGCCUUGGCGGAAAAACGUAAAUUGGCCAAUGAAGCCUUGGAAAUGAUUUCCUCGACCAUGAGAAAUGCCAAUGAACAAAAAUCCAGCAUGUUGGAAUUGAAAAAGAAAACACAAGUAAGCAGUGAGAAACUCAAAGAGAGACAAAAGGAAAUACAAGAGGAAUUGGCCGAAGUAGAACCGAUAUUGGCAGAAGCUUCAGCCGCUGUUGGUCAAAUAAAAUCGGAAGCCUUAUCCGAAAUAAGAAGCCUAAGAGCACCACCCGAGACCAUAAGAGAUAUUUUGGAGGGUGUGUUACGUUUAAUGGGCAUACGCGAUACCUCAUGGAAUAGCAUGAAAACAUUUUUGGCCAAAAGAGGUGUUAAAGAAGACAUUAGGUCUCUUGAUCCUGCACGUAUAAGUCCCGAAAAUUGUGAGGCUGUUGUCAAGCUGUUGGCCAAUAAAGCGGAUUCUUUUGAAAUGAAAAAUGCCAAAAGAGCUUCGGUGGCUGCAGCACCCUUAGCAGCUUGGGUAAAGGCUAGUGUUAGAUAUUCCAAGGUUAUACAAAGCAUUAAGCCAUUGGAGAGGGAACAAAAGGAACUGCAAAAGAAUUUAGAUGUGGCCGAGGAUGAAAUGCAGUCUCUAAUGACGGGGCUAGAUGAUGUGGACAAUAGAGUUAAACAGUUGUCGGCUAAACUGAAUGCUUACACCCAAGAGGCAGCUGUAUUGGAAUUGAAGUUAGAAGAGGCACGGAAUACCUUAACGGCGGCUGAAGUUUUGGUAGAGCAAUUGAGUUCGGAGUAUCAAACAUGGAGCAUGCAAUUGGAGGAAUAUAAUGUGACCUAUAAAACUUUGGAUACCAAGUCCUUGUUAAUAGCGUUGGCCUUAAAUUACUAUUCGCAUAUGUCGCUGAAGGAAAGAAGUUCAUCUCUCAAUAAGCUAACCACCGAGCUGCAAUUGAAAGAAUCUUUUCAUUUACACAAAAAUUUGCUUACCGACCAAGAACAAAUUAUCUGGGAAAGCAUGGGUUUGGCUAGAGAUGCCCAGAUCAUAGAGAAUGCUGCUGUAUUAAGGCAAAUGCUAGCUUUACCAUUUGGCUCUUAUCCCACACCCUUGUUAUUGGAUCCCACAGAAACCGCAUUGAAUUGGCUUAAGGAAUAUUUACACUCUAAGGAGCGACCUUUUGAAGUUGUAUCACAAAAUAAUCAAAAACUGUCAUAUUCCCUGGAAUUGGCAGUGAGAUUUGGCAAAAUAUUUAUAGUGGAAGACUGCCAGGAAAUGAGACCACCGCUAAUGCAAUUGAUAACAAAUAAAGUUUAUAUGAAAUUUAAUAAGAAACAAAUAGAAGUGGGCAAUAAAAUGGUUGAUUUACAUGACAACUUUCAGCUGGUUUUAGUAACCAAGACACACAAAUUAAGCAUAGAAGCAGAAACAUUUGCCUAUAUCAGCUGUAUACCCUUCACAGUAACUGCGGUGGGCUUAAGUGAUCAACUAAUGUCCAAGGCUAUUAUAAUGAAAAAUCCCGAGCUAGAACAAAAACGUGUGGAACUAUUGAAAAAUGAAGGUGUUUUGCUGAAACAACGUCUGGAGCUAGAAGAUAAACUACUGGAAGAGCUGUCCUUGGCUCAAGGAGAUAUAUUGAAAAAUGAAAAGUUAUUGAAAACAUUAAAUGAAGUCAAAGAAAGCAGCAGUAUUAUAGACAAGUCCUUAAAGGAAAGUUCUCAUAUAAAAAGCACUUUAUUGGCUGACUAUACAGCUUUAAGAGAACUAUGCUCCAAGGCUUCUUUGUUUUAUAUUAAUCUAACCAGCUGCUAUGAAUUGUCUUCUAUAGUGUUUAUAAAACUAUUUCUAAAUGCUUUGGAAUUGCAUGAUAUUGGUGGACAUAAUUCUUCUGCCCAAAUAGAAUUGAAAUUUUACAGUCAAUUAGUUCGAGAAUGUUUUCAAUAUUUGGCUAGAUCUAUACAGAAAGAUAGACACUUGUCGUUAGCUUUAUAUGUGUGCCGCACAGCCUAUAAGGAACGCAUUAAAGAUGCUGAAUGGGAAUUAUUUGUUACGAAUUUUAUGGCUGGUGCGGAAGCCAGUUCUAUAAGUAGUGCUGGUUUUGGUAGAACACAAUUUGUGGAGACAUUUGGCAAAGAGGCAGCCUUGAAAUUGCAGGUGUUGAUUAAUCAAAAGCCAGAUUUAGAAGAAAAACUGCAAUUACAUAAUUUUACAAUUUGGAGUGGUUUUAAGGAGGGUAAAUCGUCGGAAAUACCAGUAACCACCAUUACUAGUUUUGAAAAACUUUUGAUAUCCCUAAUCAUAAGACCCGAUCUAGUAACCCAUUAUAUGAAACUAACUGCAGAAGAAAUGUUGGGCAUAUCCAUUGAAUCCCUACAACAACCCACCAUUGAACAAUUGGUAGAAGAAAGUUCAGCGGAAAGACCAAUACUAAUGAUUACACAAACCGAAAAUGAUCCCGCCGCGGAAAUAUUAAGUGUGGCGGUACGCACCAAAGGCAAAGAUAAAUAUCAGGAAAUUUCCAUAGGCAAAGGUAUGGAGAAGAAAGCUAUGGAAGUUAUUAAACUUUCAGCUGAAUUGGGCAAAUGGAUAUGUGUUAAAAAUGUACACUUAGUACCCUACUGGUUGCUAGAACUCGAACGGGAAUUUGGUGAAGUAAAAAAACAUCCCGAUUUUCGUUUAUGGUUGAUUUGUGAAUCUACGCAAGGCUUUAGUGAGGCUGUUAUGUAUAAAUUUGUUAAAGUUUUAUACGAGUACCCGGCUGGUAUUAAGCAAAAGGCCAAACGAAUGUUGCAAAAUUAUGCCGCAAUGGAACAGGAUAGAAGCAUACUUAAAGAAUCGAAACUAAUGAAGAUAAGAGUAGUGUUAUUUAUAGCUCUAUCUGUUAUACAAGAACGUAGACGUUUUAUACCACAAGGCUGGUCCCAGAAAUAUGAGUUUGGUGAAGCUGAUCUCAAGGCGGCCCUUCAGCUAAUGAAGUGGUUGGAUGCUCUAAUGUUGGGUGGUCGGAUUGAUUGGCAAAUAAUGCAAAAAUUAAAUGAAAAUGUAGCUUUUGGUGGCCGCAUUAAUAACUUAAGGGAUUUGCUUGUAUUACAGAAAUAUUUGCAAGAAUUUUUCAACAAUGAAUCCUUGAGUUCUAGAUGGGCACCUUUAGAGGGUAGAGUUACUAUACCCACUAGUACACAAUGGUCAGAUUAUUUAAAUGCUUUGGCCAAGUUGCCGGCACAAGAUGAGCCGGAGUUAUUUAAACUUUCCAAGAAGUCCAAUGUAAGCAGAGAAAUUGAUUAUGGCCUAGAGAUUAUGAGAGAACUAAGAGUGUCUUACUUUGGCUUGGGCAGUGAUAAUGAGAUGAAUCAGCAGAAUUUGGAAAAACAAAUUAAGCCUCUGCUGGCUUUGUGGCGAAAAUUGGCACAGAACUGUUCCAUAAACGUAACCGCCCAGGAGGUAAGCGAAGAUCAAAAAUCAUCCAAUCCUUGGUUGGUUUUUAUACAUACGGAACUGAAAUUGGCCGGUGAGGGAUAUCAAAUGAUACAUAAUACCCUAAGCCAAGUGUACAGCAGUCUGAAAGAACAACAAAACAAUUCCCAGCAUACAGAAAAUAUAGAAAUGAUCAAUACAUUAGCCUCGAAUCAAGUUCCCCUCAAAUGGCAACGUUUGUGGUGUGGUCCAACAACCGCUUUAGACUAUAUAAAAGCUUUUAUGCAUAGAGCCUCUAAUACAGAAUCCCGCUAUCGCACCAUGCAACACUUGGAUUUCAUUGAGGAAAUUGACUUAACCACAGUCUACAAUUGCCAGACACUUAUAUCGGCUUUAAAACUUAUCAACUCACAUAAACAACAAAUUUCCUCUAAAAAUUUAACUCUGGAGUCUCAUAGUCUAACCUCGGAAAAGACGCACCACAGUAACAGUGCAAAGCAAGUGCAGCUAAAAUUUAAACCUUUACAGGUAAAUGGCGCUGUUUUUAGCUAUGGAAAAUUAAUAAUAACCUCUAAUGACGUCCUUACGCAAGAAGACAAAUCUCCGGAAUUUAUUAUUACUUUCAGAGAAAAAGAUAAUCGUUUGAAUGAUUUAAAAACCAUAUCCAGAGGCAGUUCUGCUGCCAUAUCAUCAACUUAUUUGCCCGUCUAUACAAAUGCUAAACGUGAAAAACUGUUGUGUGAACUAGAGGUGGCCACCACGGAAACUGCAGAUACAGUUUUACUGUCGGGAGCGGCCUUAAUAGUGGGAAAUUUUUAAGAAAUAAUUAAAAAUGUUAAAGCACUUUAGUUUAUAGUAAG